ACUGACCCAACUGCACCAUGAGAGAAAACAUGACCUGGGUAAGUGAGUUUAUCCUUAUGGGUUUAACAAGUGACAAAAACAUCCAAGCUGGACUCUUUGUCCUCUUUGGGGUCACCUACCUGCUGACUCUGCUGGGCAAUGGGCUCAUUGUCCUACUGAUUACACUCGACCCACGACUCCACCUGCCCAUGUAUUUCUUCCUCUGUCACCUGUCAGUGGUGGACAUCUGCUACACCUCCAGUGGGGUUCCCCAGAUGCUGGCACACUUCCUCAUGGAGAAAAAGACCAUCUCUUUUGCCCUAUGUGGGACCCAGCUCUUUUUUGCUCUGACUCUUGGGGGAACUGAGUUUCUGUUGCUGGCUGCCAUGGCCUAUGACCGCUAUGUGGCUGUCUGUAAUCCAUUACGGUACACAGUGGUGAUGAGCCCAAGGCUCUGCAUGGGUCUAGCAGGUGUCUCUUGGUUUGUGGGUGUAGUUAAUUCUGCUGUGGAGACAGCAGUCACCAUGCGCCUUCCCACCUGUGGGCACAAUGUGCUCAACCAUGUGGCCUGUGAGACACUGACACUGGUCAGACUGGCCUGCGUGGACAUCACCCUCAACCAAGUGGUGAUACUGGCUUCUAGUGUGGUGGUGCUGAUGAUACCCUGCUCCCUGGUCUCUCUGUCCUAUGCCCACAUUGUGGCUGCCAUCAUGAAGAUCCGUUCUACCCAGGGACGCCGCAAAGCCUUUGAGACCUGUGCCUCCCACCUGACUGUGGUCUCCAUGUCUUAUGGGAUGGCCCUCUUCACCUACCUGCAGCCCGCCUCCACAGCCUCUGCUGAGCAGGACAAGGUGGUAGUGAUCUUCUAUGCUUUGGUCACUCCCAUGCUGAAUCCUCUCAUCUACAGUCUGAGGAACAAGGAUGUGAAGGCUGCUUUCAGGCGAAUUCUGAUGAAGAACUUUGAGUCAAAGAAUUAGAAGAAAAUUUUCAAAAGGAGAGGUGCCCUGUGGAAGAUUGUGAACACAUUUAAUUGGUGAGUCAUGUAUACAGCCCAUACACCA